GUUAAAAAAAUUAAAUAAAAUACCUUAAAGAAGCACGACGGCGAGGUUGGGAGUUGACGACGAAGAGGCGGGGCAGCAGGGCACGAGGCGGCGGCAACCACGGCGAUGGCGAGGGUGAGGUGGAUGAGGGAGAAGUGGAGUAGGGCAUGAGGCGGAACAGGCAUGGAAACGGCGAGGCUGGGGAGUUGACGACAGUAAGGCAACGGAAAUGGUACCGGGCACACGGCAACGACGAGGCUGGAGCAAGGCACGAGGCGGAAAGGGAACGGCGACGGCGAGGCGGCAGUGGCACGACGACGGCGAGGCAAGACGAUGCAACGACGAUGGCAAGGGUGAGAAGACAAUGUCGAGGAGCACGAGCCCGACGAAGACAAAGAUCGGAAAGGGUUUGGUCGUGGAUAGUCCAAAGCUUCAUGGCCUUGGACCAAAUAAUAUGUGUCACGUGCAUGAUGGCGUGGAUGAUCUUGAGAUCCUCUCCAAACAUGGUCGUGUGGCUGCUAUCCCGGGGCUUGAGGAUCUUGGUGAUGAUGUAAAGGAGCAGGCCUUCACGCCGGAGGUUUGAGUAAAAGACAGGUUUGUUGCUUUUUUGGGACAUAGAGAUGAAGGGCCAUAACCCAGACUGAUGGAGCUUAGCGUUGAUACGAAUAUCGUAUCGGAUAGGGAAGAACUUCGAGCAUUCUUCAAGCUCCAAGAAGAAAGGUGAGAAAGUUGGGAAACUUCGAGCGUUUCCGGGCUCCAAGAGAAUAGAGGAGAUUAGGAUUU